UGCUGGUUACCGUGUGCUCUGUAGUGUGUAUCUUUCCGCACGUACACACAUCUGGAUGCCCGGAGUAUAAGCAGCUGGGAUUACAAAACAGGAGCUGUGACGUCAUGACCUGCUCCCACAAUGUGGUUUUCUUGUUGGACACUGCCAGCUCCAUGCAGAAGAUUCAUCUUCAUCUGGGCACCUUGAGGAUCUUAAACUACUUGGGCUGCAGGUUUGGCCUGGCUAAGGUCCGGUGGGGCUUCAAGUUCUUUGACUCAUUAGGUAUCCAGGGUAGAACUUCACGAGUGGAUAAUUUCCGUGAGCUCGGGUCCCGCAGCUGGGACGAGUUUGAGGAAGAGCUGGAGGCCAGAUUCGGAAGCCAAUGCUGCAGCCCGCACUUACCUGGGCCGACAUCUCGAGCUGCCCUCACUUGUAAUAUUCUGAAAGAAACUUUACUCGACUAUCAGUGGGAUCGGCCUGAAAUAGCUUCUCCAGCCAAACCAGUAUUGAGAAGCCAGAAAAACAAGUUAAUUGUGACCCUGGAAAAGCCUCCAUCGACUUCCACUCCAGAGGGCUUUGUGAAUGCCAUUUUUCUCUUCUCUCCCUGCCCUCAUUCCCAGAGGGAGCUGCUGCAGUUUCUUUCUGGAAAUCCUGCUCAUUUGUCUGAUGAACUGCCUGCUUUGCAUGACCUGGCAGAAAAAUUUGUCCAUAAAGGAAUCCAGGAAAUGAUGACUAACCAGAAAAUCACCCUGUAUUGGGUGGACACCACAGAACAGUUCAAGCUUUUUGAAUCCCCAGAUCAUGUUGGCUACUGGACGUUGUUUGAAAUGAUGCGCCUCCUGGGAGGCACCAUUUUGCCAUCUGAGACUUUAAUUCAGUGUUUGAAUCACUACAGAACAGGGGCCACCCCUGCUUUUCCUGUGGAGUUCAGGUCCUCAGAGCCAUCAUUCACACCAUGGACUACAACCUUGCCAUUUGAUUCAACUUUGAACUGCUUGCUUUCCUUGCCUUCUGCAUUACAAGCGUCCUUCCCUCAUCAAGAGGGAGUAUUGUUCCUCCGGACUGAUGGAGUAGAAGAAGCCCGGAGCUGUGCUGUGAUCUUGGAGCCUCUCACCAUGAGCCAGAAGUGCUUCAAAAGUCUAGUCAAUAUUUCUCUUAAAGGCACCGUGACAGAUUGGAACUCAGUGCAUGGCGGGAGCUUUCGCACAGAGAGCUGGGUACUGCGGAGUAAACCACCAGGGCCAUUGGGUCAAGAUACAACUUCGUUUAAACAGUUUGCGAAAUGCAUCUUGGCCCAAGGAUUACAUAUGGUUGCUGAAGUGACUCCACCUGGAGCCUGUUCUCCCCAUACUGGCAUUAUCUCUCCCAUCUCGGACACCGCUGCACUUCUUUCUUUCCUCUUUGCUGACAGAACCUCUGAAAUUGAGAGAGCCCUCUUUCAAACAGCUGUAGAAAGGGACCUUUCCAAAGAUGAAGACUUCAAUCUCCCAGAAAUUGUGAGCAGUGUGCUAAACCAAGUUGUUGGUGACUCGGAAGGUGAUCUCGCAAGUCCUGGAGAGACUUUAUUUCCAGAGUGGGCACAGCAGGAGCUGUCCCGCACGCACCACUGGAGUCCUGCAGUGGUUGAAGGCUGGUACCCUUUUUCAAAUCUCAGUGGAGCUAGUUCCCACCUGAUGGAAUCAUUCAGAUUGCUGGAGGCGGCUUCUGCUCCUGAGGAAGAGGAAGCUUCAAAGCCCGAAGUGGAACUGACGCACUGCCUAUCUGAGUUCUACCAAAGGAAAGCCUCUGACCUCUCCACUACAUCUCAUCAGCGAGAUCACAGAAAGCGACGUGGAGUUCCCCGGACCCCUGUAAGGCAGAAAAUGAAGACCAUGCCUCGUUCCCUUCAAAUGCUGAAUGCUGCAAGGCUGAAUGUAAAGGCUCAAAAAUCCCAGCCAGAUGGCGAGCCAUCGGUCAGCGAGAAGGUUCCCCAACGGCUGUUAUCGAGAAGAUUGGAUGAUAAAAUGGAAGAAAGGGGGAAAACAAUGAGAACCAAGAUGGGCUUCAGAACUGAAGAGGAGGUGCUCUCCUAUAUAACUACAAACUACCAGAAGGCUGUGAUGGAUGGGGAAAAUGUGUCCGCAUGUGCCCAGGAUAUGGUGAUGGCUGUUCAUACAUUUCAGAAAUCCAAUGAGGCAGCCUGUAUGGAUACAAUCCGAAGCAGUCUUCUGAAGACCAGCAAAUCUCUCCGGCAACAGUUUGGCAAUGAUCCCGAUAAGGAACUUAAAGUCAAAGAGUGCCAGCUUCAAGUGUACUUACGCCUGGAAAUGUGCUUGCAGUGCCCUUCUUUCCAAAGCAACGCAGAUGAAAUGGAACAGCUUGUGGAAGAGAUGACGGAGAUGCUACGGAUUUUGUGUUUGACUAAAGACCCAGGAUACCUCACCAGGUUUUUGGAAGAAGUUGUAGAAACGUAUCUUGAAUCUAUGCCAAAGACUCUUGGAGACCUGUACUAUAGUCUGGGGACACAGAUUCCCCCAAAACUGGCCUCUGUCCUUCCAGCAGACUUCUUCAGUGACGAUUCUCUAAGUCAGGGGAGCCAAACCCCAUCCCUUCCUGCUUCCACAGCCUCUGUUCCAGUUUCUAGAACAGCUUCCGUAAGCACUGAUGCACAUCAGCUGGAAGAACUGCGCACUAGAUCUGCCAAGAAAAGAAAGAAUACAUUAGCCAGACAUCGAAGUGUGACAGAAUCCUCGCAGAACUUACGCCAAAUAGAGAUUCCUCAAGUACCCAGGAACCGUACUAGAAAGGACAGCUCUCAUGCGUGCCUUGAUGUGAAAUCGGCCCCAGCUGCGCAGAAGAUGGCCGUGCAAGAAGUGACAAAGGUGCGAAGGAAUCUCUUCAAUGAAGCCAUGCUCUCUCCAAGCAAAAGAUCCCUAACAAAGAUUCCUCGGAGCCGGUCAGUGUCAGUUUUGGAAGGUCUAGAACACAAACGCAGCCAGUCUGACAAGGGCACUCGAGGCAGUCACAAGCUACUGACCAAGAGGGUGGCAGAAACACCUUUGCACAAGCAGGUCUCCAGAAGGCUGCUGCAUAAGCAGAUCAAGGGCCGGUGUUCAGAUCCUGGAUCUGAAGUUGGCAUUGUGGAAGAAUCUCCUGAAAAAAACAUAUCCUGUGGUUUAAGAAGAAGCCCACGGAUUAAGCAGUUGUUGCUGGACAGAACACUCUCUGGUUCUUUCCACGCUUUACAACCCAAUAAGAGGAGCCUACAGCAAGUGCAUUCUAUACCUGUAGAAGCCCCAGGUUUGGCAUCUCCGCCUGUUAGAAAAGCCAUCCAGUCCCCCAAGAGCCUUCUCUUCGGAGCAGUUGGUGAUGAGUUCAGUUUGGGGGAAAUGGAUUUGCCCAGAGCAAGAAGAAAAUCCCUAGCUUUUGACAAGCCUGUUUAUCAGACACCAAGAAAAAGCCCUCUUCGGUUUUCCCAGAGACUCUUAAGUUCCCCCAACAACCCUCAGAGAAGAUCUCCUAGGAUUCAAGAGAAGUCACAGAAGACCCCUCAGAAAUCCCCAGCCCUAAAGCACACUGCAGCUAAGCAUUUGGGGAACUUCUAUUCCCCUUCUGAACGGAUGAGCAAGUCCUUGCCCGAAUCUAUCGGAAAGAAAGGCGAUCAUUUGGCAAAGCCCGCUCUGCCAGCGGAAAGGUUUUCUACCCCUGUCAAGGUGGCCCAGCUGCAAACUCUAGGAAAGCAGGCAAGGGAUGAUGCGCUCGAUGACGUCUUUGCUUCACCUGCAAGCAUUUCUGAUUCAGCAGCCGUUCUGUCUGUGAGAACUCCAUUCCCGUUGAAUUCCAGGGGAAAUUCCCUCUCAGAACUGCAGUCCCCAAGGCGUUCCUUGAGAGUUGCCCAGAAAAUGGCCUCUCCAGCUUCUGUUCAGAUACAGACUGUUGAGGAAGAAAGACUUGCAUACCUGGAGCCUUUAUCAACGGCGUUGGACUCUGUGCUGUCAGAAGUAACACCCACGAUAAUCGGAGGUGCACUUUCAGAACUCUCGUCGUGUCCAAAGAGUCCCGGGCUCAUGGAGGCCUUUUCUCCACAGGCUGAUUCUGCCUUGCUGCUUGAUGUUAAUUCUCCACCUUGUAAUCUGUCUUUAGCUGGCGUAGCAACGUGCACACUCUCCCCUCCUAGGACACGAGAGCUGGGCAGGCAGUCUUGCACACCCAAAAGGUCUCUUUGGAGACCUCAGAGUGUCACAGAUCUCUCCCCAGUGAAAGCCCUGAAAUCCUCAUCCUGCAUUACUGACGAGUGCUUAAACCUGUACGCAAAUAAUGAGGAAUGUCAGUCUAGGGGCAGCGCCAGUCUUAAUGCUAAAACCAAUCCAUUCUGCAAACCUGAGAGUGCAUCCUUGGUGCAAAGGCAUGAACAAACCAUUGGAGCGAUGACCCCAGGUAAAAGGAGGGGUUUAGAAAGACAGCUGUCUCCUACGUUCCCCAGUAAAGAUGGUGUGCAUAUUCCCGAUGCUUUAGAGGUGUGUGAGCGGCUAGAUACUUCCUCUCUAGUCAACAAGGCCCUUGCAGGCAGCUUUGAAGCAGAACAAGGCCCAGGGACUUUACAAAGGAGAGUUUUGCCAGCCCAGAAAGCCAAGGGUUUGCGGCCUCCAGCCUUCCAGAGCCCUGCCAGACGUGACCAGGCGUCUUUGGUUGCAACUCCAACGUCUGGCUCUUGUGCCUACGCGUUGCGUUGCACCCCAGACAGAAGGCAGCGGGAGGCUGCGGCACGGUUAGGUAAUCCUGAGAUGGCCACCUUCAGUGCUCCUAGGACUACUCGUGCACUGCUUUUAGCACAUAGUCCGCCGACCUACGAGCUUGAAUUUGAGAUGCAAGCUUCCGGCCUGCCAAAGCUGCGCUUCAAAAGGGUGGCCUCCGGAUCAGCUCUGGAACGGCAGCCUCAUGCAGAGCCUGGAAAACCCCAGGGAGAGGGGACUGAUCUUGCUCCGGGGGAUCUUUCCAUGACCUGGUGUGGUAGGCAUUCGGGGAAACCAGAGCCUGCAUCCAACUCUCCGUCCUGUCUUCGCUCUGCCCACAGCACCCCUGGGAAGUUUGCGGUUAGCGGGCAGACCUACAUAUGCCAGGCAUACACGCCAACUCGCUGCGCCGCCUCCACUACUUCCCCGCCCCAGGGCAACGUGGGCCUACCCUGGACCCCUUCUCCGAAACGCAAAGGGAAAGUUACCCCUGAAGCGAUCCAAGACUGGCCGCGGAAGAAAAGGGCCGCUGUUGCCUGCAGCAGAAGCGAGAGGCAGGUCGAUGCCGCUGGAGGGACGCCAGGCCGCGAUGCCAGGGAAACGAGAGCGUCUGCGUUCUUCAGCAGCAACCAAGCCCUGCUGCUGGGGGAGUUUGAACUCGAAGGCGUUUAUAGGCUUCAAGACCAGUCACCUGGCAGUGAGGAAGAGCCCAACGGAGACGAGAGCAUCUGUAGAGGGACGUCUGGACUGAAGUUCAGGAAAAGGGCCUUCGAGCACAUGUCUCCAGAGGAGGAGAUGAGCCGGGAAGUGAAAAGGCCCUGCCCAAAGAGAGGAAACCCAGAUGCAGCUUUCUACUCAACUGAACUGCUGAGCAUCAGAAAAGGGGACGUGUCCUCAAACGGGACGAUCCUGGAGGAGGAGAUCUUUGGCUUUUCAGGCUUGACUCCACCCAGGUCUUCAAGGAAGAGCACCAUUUCUGCUAGUGGUCUCCGGGCCCUGACACAGUCUCCGUUGCUCUAUCAAGGCCACGCCACAUCUCUGAGAAAGUGUCCCACAGGAGGUGACUCCGAUGCGUUUGGAGCUGCAAAUGAGGAGUUCUCCCCGUUCCGCAGCGCGGCCACCAGAGCGCGCUCUGUUAGCAGGACCUAUUCGCGGAAAAAGCUGCUUUGCUGAGCGGUGGAGCGACACUGCGAGAACGCUUUGUGCCAGAUGACAAAGCUGUUCCGGGCAAGUUCUAAAAUCAAAACCAAGGUAACAUAUGGCCAGCCCCCGCAGAAGAGUGUCUUGUUCAUACACUCAUGGCUGGAUUCUAGCGCUGGAAACAUUUCACUCAGAACCAGAAAAGAAGAGUUAGGGUGGUGCCAUUGGCAGUGGCUCAAAGCUGUCCUCGAUCCGACUAUGCCGUUGAAUGGCCUCUCCAGGGUUUCAACAGCCAAGGAUGUAAAUAUUGGGAGCUGGUGAAAAUGACCACUUUUAAAGAAUUCUUUUGUACA